GUAAAGGAUAGAGCGAAUGGAGCUGUAGCACAAACUCCGGCCCUAACCAAGUCUCAAACCUUUACUGUUCUCAUUUUGUUCCAUUUCUAAAGCUCGAAGAUCUUUCGAAUAAAGCAAGCCCAAUCACUAUACUCCAGUAGCGGAAGAAAACAGCAGUAGUUUCUGCUGGAGCCAUUUGACUUUAGCUUCCGAUGAAGUAGCUUUCCUGUCUGUAUACUACUGUUACCGUCACGACUCCCUGUUACUAUGUCUACAUACACCAGACAUUGCUCCAAGAGCAAAUCAUCGAAUGAAAAUUCUAACAGGAGGUCAAACGACUAUUUGGGAUUCAAGAACGACAACUCUAGCACACAGUCUCUUGAAUGGAAGCGAGAACAAGCCAAGAGCCUUACAGCCGUAGAGGCGGCUCGACAGGCUGAGGCUCAGCGCAUCCAAGACGAAUUGAAAGCACUCAACGAACUCAGAGCUUCGCACGCAGAGACAGAACGAGAACUCAAGGAAUAUAAGGAACAGCUCAAAGUGAGCGAAGACAAAUGCAGACGCGCUUUAGAUGAGAACCUGAAAGUGUUGGGUUCAAACCAUGAUCUUAAUAUGGAGUUGAGCAGAAGCCGCCAGGAGGCGAAAAAUCUACAACGAGAGAUCGAGCGGUACAAACUUCCUGAUAUGAACAACUUGCCGAUGAACUUUCACGGUGAAGGCUAUAUGCUCAUGAAUUGUUCAAACCGACUUGCUCUUGAUUUUGCUGCAGACAACGGAACGAGAUGCCAUGGUUGGCUGCCUGAUCCCAGAAACGGGUCACAGCAUGUCAAACUGAAUAAAGUCAACAAAGAGGAUCCAAAAUCUCCCUGGACUAUCAACUGUAAAGGGAGAUACUUAGAAUUCACCCAUCCAAGCGAUCACGCUCGAUUAUCCUCACGAAACACAGCGAAUCAAAAUCAAGAGUGGUAUAUUUGCAAUCUCCUCGACAGGCCUGGUAGAUAUAUGUUCUGGAAUGUCGCACAGAAGUGCUACCUCACUUUGAAGGAUACGUCGGGCAAUCCUGGUUGCAAUUUCGUGGCCGUGCCAAAUGACGAGGGCUCAAGUAGGCAGACAUUCAUCCCUGUUUCAGUUGAGCCUUUCUACCCCUAG